AAACCGGAAACACUCCUAUUGAUCAGCGUAGGUAAAUUUCUUCUUCUUUGCAGUUCGUUCGCGAGCCGAAGUUAUGCUCCUUCGCGGGCUGCUUGUGGACGUCGCCGCGGCCGGACGCGGCGCUCUGCGGACCCCGCGGUCACCUCACCUCCCGUCCGCCCAGUAGACCCUGCGAGCCCGCUGAGAGCCAUGCAGGCUGCCGGGCGCUCUGCGUGAAGGUUAAACAGGACGGACCGCUGCCAGACGCUCAGCAACCCUCAUUGUCUGCGCUGGAGACCCUCGCUUCACAAAAACAUUUCUUUGUAGAUAUUCCCCGAGGAUGGAGCGCAACGGGAAUAUCAGCGAGGACGAUACUCUGUGUGCUGAGGAGGAGGAAGAAGUAGAUCCAAGAAUCCAGGGAGAGCUGGAGAAGUUGAACCAGUCCACGGAUGACAUCAACCGCUUGGAAAGCGAGCUGGAGGACUUUCGCCAGAGGUUCCGAGCGGUGCUGGUGGAAGCGACAGUGAAGCUGGACGAAGUGUUGAAGAAAAUCGGUCGGGCUGUGGACGACUCCAAACCUUACUGGGAGGCCCGCAAAGUGGCACGACGGGCCCAGGUCGAAGCCCAAAAAGCCACCCAAGAAUUCCAGCGGGCGGUGGAAAUCCUGCGGGCAGCGAAGGAGACCAUCGCCCUGGCUGAGGAGAAGCUCCUGGAGGAGGACACCCGUCAGUUUGACUCUGCCUGGCAGGAAAUGCUCAACCACGCCACGCAGAGAGUGAUGGAGGCGGAGCAAGCGAGAACGCGGAGCGAAGCCGAACACAAAAAGACAGCAGCCAACUACAACUCCAGCAUCGGCCACAUGAAGCAGAUGGAGAAGAAGCUGAAGCGCUCCAUAAACAAAUCCAGACCGUACUUUGAACUGAAGGCUAAAUAUUAUCUACAGCUUGAGCAACUGAAGCAGCAUGUUGACGACCGUCAGGCCAAGCUCGUGGUCGCCAAGUCCGAGUACCGCGCAGCGCUGCGCAGCCUGGAGAGCAUCUCGGAGGAAAUCCACGCUCACCGGCGCUCCCACGCCAUGGGAACCAGGGAGCGAGGCGUGGGCGCCGAGGUCGACGAAGUUCACGACGACAUCGCCAACUUCAAGAUGGAGUCAGACGGCCUGUCUAUGGUGUCAGUUUCAGUUGAUGAAGAGGGCAGUCGCAGCUCAGAGGAGGAGGAAGACACCCAGACUACCUCCUCGUGCCGAACGACGCCCUCCUCGCCUUCUUCUUCGUACUCCCAUCCCUCCACCUCUGCCUCCACUCCCAUGAGCAUGCCCUGCUCCUCCGGCUACCCUCCUUUCUCCUUCCUCGCUGCUUCUUCCUCAUCCUCCUCCUCGUCUUGUCCUGAAGGUCUGGAGUCAGAGGCCCUCUGCACCGCUCACGGCCCAGACCUGGUGUGCAGUUCCGGUCAUGUCUCACCUGUCCUGGGCCCCCGCAGUCAGUGCAGUGGAGCCUCCUCUCCAGACUGCGAUCAGGAGAGAGGCGACAGAGCGGAGGGAGCCGAGGCCUCUUUGGAGGGCGGCCUCAGCAAGCUCGCCUUGACCGCCUCCCGAAAACCCGGCGAGUCCGACGACGAGGAAGAUCCGCAUUACAUCAACCCUGAACUUACCUCCCCCAGCUCCGCCGCCUCCGUUCUGCUCUUGAACGGCGUCUAAUGAACUUAACUCGGGACUCACCGACAGAGCGGGACGCUGAAGUGGGACUGAAAGAGGCAGCGAGAGCCGAAGCUGCUCUCCUGCAUGACUCCCCGUCUCAGUGUUGUGUACACAUCAGUGUUGAUGGUGUGUUUACCAUCGUUAUACCCUCGUUGAGGAUUUUCUGAAGCCGUGUGGACACGAUAAACAUCAGCGGGUGGAGAUCGGACAGCGAGUGGAUUUCUGUAGUGUUGGUGCAUUAAAUCAAAGGGCAUUAAAGGAUUCUACCUGAAACUCCUACGGUUUCCUGUUGGAUUGACUUUCUUUGCUCCACGUUCGCAAAGAGACCUUCAUUCUAGGCUUGCGUGCCAAAACACGGAGAUAUAGAUUUAAUUUUAGAUGUUCUAACGCUAUGCAGUGACGUGUCCAACCUAAUCCUUACUGUAACCAGAGAUCGGCAUUGUACCCCCCCGAGGAUACGGACGGGACAGAAUCGAGCCGCCAUUUAUUUUUCGGUCUCGAUGUUGAAAAGUGUAUGGUGUGGAUUUUUUUGGAGCGAUGUGAAGGAAGCAACUGGAAGAAACUCUGAGCACUAAAGAGACUUACAGCUCCACCUAACCCUUUAGCCUUUAGCUACAUAAACAGUCUUCCAUCCGGACUUGUGAAAGAGUGAGUGAAUGUGUCACUGAGUGCAAAGUUCAGAGAGGAUUCUGAGGCUCCUCUGUGUCGCUGAGUGAAUGAUUUAGUUUGUUGUUGUUUUGACUGUGUGUGUUGUGUGUUUUGGACAGUUGUUCAGGUAUUACCCCGUUGCAGAGAUAUUCUAUAUUUAUACCCAUGUAUUCUUGCAUAUGAAACAUGUUUUGUGGUUACUGUUGUAAUUGUUUAGCACAAGAUAAGCAUUAAACUUGGGAUUCGUGUAACUUUUCAA